AUGUCGACGAGCAGUAGCCCUCUCGCUCUCGGUACCUCUGCUGAUACUCCUGCGAAUACCGCCACAAACGCGGACGCUCCUCCAGAUCGAGAGCCUUCGCCCCUGUUCCUCAAGCUACUCGGGAUCUACAUCAUGGCAUCUAACCUCUGGAUGGCCAUCAAGGAUUUCCUCUCAGAUAGGAACAUAUGGAAGCGGCAACCCGUGGUAGAGAGACACCCCAAUUACGAGAAACUUAUGGAUCUCGCUCAGCGACACGAGUAUCUGCAGUGUCAUAGACAGCGGAAGAUUGCCAAGGAAAAUCACCACGGCGAUUACUUCCAGCAUCGGGUGUUCACCCCUGAGGAUGACAGGAAGAUGUGGAAGACUCUCUUACUACCUACCAUCGAGAGUAAAGAGGAGAAGGAGAAGAGGGAGAGGGAGGAGGAGUCAAAGUAUCUUGUUGACUUGAUUGUUCAGAUGCCUGUCCUGGAUAGACCUUGCACUGGGGAUGAACGAGCCAAGGCUGAUGAGCAAGUCGAGGCUGAUGGACGGCCCGAGGUAAACGAGCAAGUCGAGGAAGACGAACAGGACAAGGAAGACGAGCAGGCCAAGCCCGAUGAACUUGACCCACACGACUGGACAGUGGAGGGUGUACUUGCAACCGUCGAUUAUGAGGCAUUGGGCUUGCAGUGA